AGAAAACAGCAUCAUAUCCAUCAAGCUCCAGCGUUUUUGAGUGGGACUAUUGGGCCCUGAACUCUGCCCCUUUCUAGCAUCAAGCAUUCAACCUCAAAUUCAGACAGGAGGGGGGAAUAAUGGUGCCUGGAAUGACAAGACAAGCUAACUUCCGCGGGGCCAAUCAGGCCCCCACAGCCUGAGGCCAACCCCUCUGAAUGAUCGAAGGGGGCCUCAGGUACCAAAUCUGAGUAAGAGGAGGGACCAACUGGAGACGGCGGCCAAUGCCUCCAUCAUUCGGUCACUCCAUUAUCGUCUAUUAUUAUUUGCCUCAGCUCUUCCAUCCGUCUUUCUGUUCACUCUUUCUCAUCCAGCGUUUCGUCUGUCUCUUGAGUUGAAUCACAGUCUUAAAUACUUGGCCUUAGUCUUCAUCCGUUACUUCACUCGCAUUUCCUCUAUACAGCCUGUCAUGGCACCACAAGGCGAUCUGUUCUCGGCCAUGACCAACCGGUCGCUCCGCAACGUCCGAUCGGAACUUGAAUUCCUGGCAGACUCAUCAGUCAUUACUCGUGCACAACUCUCAUCCAUCUUAUCGCAACUCCCGAAAGAGAACGAGCGCAGUAGAUCUUCAGUGCCCCCUCAGCAACCGCCAGUACAGCAGCCAGUGGCACCUGUGCCUAUCCAAACACAACCGUCGCCCGCCCCCUACUCUCCUCCCACCAACCAAUUUGCCAAUACUUCGUUGAACGAGAAGGCAACGUACCAAACGCAGCCUCCGCCCCAGCCAUACGCCAGCCCGGCCCCCGUGCCGCCUCCUGCUUAUCCCCAGGCCCCGCCCGUGCUGUCUAUCGCCUCGGCUCUGUAUGCGUACACCCCGACGGAUCCCGGCGACCUAGCUCUGCAGCCGCACGACCGUAUCCAUGUUCUGGAACACAUGAACGCCGAUUGGUGGCGUGGUCGUAACGAGCGCACCAACCUCGAGGGUAUCUUCCCGCGCAGCUAUGUCAACGUGGUUGACGAGAAGGUUGUCUCGUCUCCCCCACCUACCAACUAUGGAAACAUGCCUCUUGAAGUGAGCCAGGGUGGUUCUACGCCCGAUGGGGACCCUGCCAAGAAGGGCAAAUUCGAGGAACAUGGGAAGAAGUUCGGCAAGAAGUUGGGUAAUGCUGCUGUCUUCGGUGCCGGUGCAACCAUUGGUUCGAACCUCGUGAACAGCAUCUUCUAAUGCUCUUUCGCCAAAUUGGCUUUGUAGCAAAGCAUCUGAGAAAUUGUUGGGUUGCUUUUGUGUGGUUUCAUUACUCAAUUCAGUCUUUCCAUCGGAUUGGCGUUGGGGGUUGUUUUUCUGCUUUCCAUCAUUAUACUCUCUGUGAAUUCUCUAAUCCAUGAUUUGCUCUUGUGAGACCCAGUUGGAAUAGCAGGUUAAUAGGUUUAAUGGAGCCCUGACAAUAUUUGACAAGACAGAGAAAUAAUACAGCAGGCCGCUUUACAGAUAGUAUAUCAUGGUUGUCUGUGCUCAAAAGGAGACCCGCUCUUUGCAUUGUAUCUCAUUCUCUUCAGC